AUGAGCCACGCAUCCUGUCGCCUGCUGCCGAGUCUCACCUUAUCAACAAACGCCGACGGUUGCCAAAUCCUAUCAAUCGCUACUACGCGGUGGAAGGAUGCAAUAAAAACAUUGAUGCCGCCGGAGAUUUUCCCCAGACCAUGGGUUUUCAAUAUUUACGCUGAGGUCGCUCUGUGUUCUUGUUUAAGCGUAUACAAGUGGCAUAACCAUGCAAUUG